UUGGAGAGAUGCAGAGUCUUAGGUCUGAGCAGAUUCGGGGGCUGCUGGAGCCCGAGAGGACCAAGACCCUGCUGCCCCAGGAGAGCAGGGCCUGGGAGAAGCGCACGGCCUUCACCAAGGACUGGGUGGCUGUGGAGGUUGGGGCCUCCGGCUGUGACAGCGACGAGAAAGACCUGCCUUCUCCGGAGACCGGGCUUCCCCAGGAGUGGAGCUCGGUGGAGGAAGACGAUGAGCCAGAGGACUCCCAGGGCUUUGUGGAGUGGUCAAAAGCUCCACAGCAAACGACCAUAGUCUUGGUAAUGUGUGUGCUUUUUUUGUUCCUGGUUUUAACAGGAAUGCCUAUGAUGUUUCACAUUUAA